CCGUGAGAGGCGUAGACAGCAGAGAAUACUGCGGGUGGUGUUGUGGAGUUUAUUUAGCUUCUGACUGCAGACAUCCAGCGGCUCCAGUCACCGCAAUCAGCCGGACUAUCGGAGCCAGCGGCGGCUAUAGGGGAUCGGCGGCCCGUCCGAGCGGCCGGAGGCGGUGUGUCUCUCGGCAGUGUAUGGGUCAGGUGACUCCAGUCAGACAGCAUGAGCUCUAAGGGAGGCGGCACUGCUCUGACCCGCCGUAACUACAGGCUGGCUUCAGACACGGACAAACCGAGAUCCACAGGUAUCGUGAACGAGAGGCUGCUGAGUGAAUACCUGCAUCAUGUGUUUCCUUCCGCCAAGCAGGGACCUGCGCUGGCCUCACUCAGGAAGCCUCUCGGUUUCCAGGAUCUACCUGCUCACCUGGAGAAGCUGCUGUCUGAGGACGCACCCUCCGAGGAAAAUCAGACUGUGGAGGGUCGCCUGGGCCCUCAGCCCGUCGUCCUCGAUCACACCAGCGGCUUUGAAGGACUCCUGUUUGUAGACGACGACCUGCUGGGGGUCAUCGGCCACAGCAACUUCAGCUCCAUCAGAGCGACCACGUGUGUCUAUAAAGGGAAGUGGGCCUACGAGGUGCUCAUCUCCUCUCAGGGCCUGAUGCAGAUCGGCUGGUGUACCCUCAACUGCCGCUUCAACCAGGAGGAGGGGGUGGGCGACACGCCGGACUCAUACGCUUAUGACGGAAACAGAGUGAGGAAGUGGAACGUGACGACCACGAACUAUGGAAAGUCGUGGGCGGCCGGAGACAUCGUGAGCUGUCUGAUAGACCUGGAUGAAGGAACCAUCACGUUCUGCCUGAACGGUCAGUCUCUGGGGACGGCGUUCACCAACAUUAAGACGGGUCCCGGCGUUGCUUACUUUCCCGCCAUCAGCCUCUCCUUUAAAGAGUCGGUGGCGUUCAACUUCGGCAGCAGGCCUCUCAGGUACCCCGUGGACGGAUACCUGCCCCUCCAGAACCCUCCGGCUGCAGACCUGAUGAAGGCCCACAAACUGCUGGGCUACAUCAAGAACGUCCUGACCACCACCAUCGACGCACAGGAGGACCGGCUGGUGGAGAAGGACUGUGGUGUGUGGAGGCUUCAUGGAGAACCGACGGUCCUCAUCACUCUGGCUCACAUCUUCAACCACUUCGCCCCCCUCAUGUGUAAGGUGUAUCUGGUGGAGGACGUGCUGAUGAACUUCCUGCUGGGGAUUCUGGAGGGAGGAGGUUCAGUGGAUGAACACCCACUCAUACAGCAGCUGCUCGACCUCUUCUGGCUGCUGAUGGAGGACCACGAAGUGAACGAGUGUCUGAAGCAGCUGAUGAUGUCCUUACUGAGGGCCUACCGCUUCUCCCCCAUCAUCCCAGACCUGGGCUUCCAGAUUCACUACCUGCGGCUGACCACGGCCAUCCUGCGCCACGAGAAGUCCAGGAAGUACCUGCUCAACAACGUCUUGUUCGAUGUUCUGCGCUCAGUCGUGUUUUUUUACAUCAAGACUCCUCUGAGGGUGAAGGAGGCGGGGCUAGAGGAGCUCAUCCCGACCACCUGGUGGCCCACGCACUUCGACAAGGAGGGUAAAGAUGAGCGGGAGCCCAAAGAUGAGAGCGCAGACGAGCGUCUGAGGCGGCGAGCCUACGAGAGAGGCUGCCAGAGACUGAAGAAGAGGAUCGAAGUGGUGGAAGAGUUGCAGGUUCAGAUCCUGAGGCUGCUGCUCAAUAACAAGGACAAAAGCACGGGAGAGGCCUCUCGCUACAUUUUCCUCAACAAGUUCAGGAAGUUUCUCCAGGAAAACGCCAGCAACAGAGGGCACCCCACGGCUCUGUGCCCGCCCGAGUACAUGGUGUGUUUCCUGCACCGCCUCAUCACAGCGGUCAGAGCCUGCUGGGACGAAGGACACCACAAGAGUCCCAGCAGUGUGAGCAGCGAAGAGGCCUACGUCCCUCCUCAGCUCUUCUACAACGGGAAGGUGGAUUACUUCGACCUGCAGAGGCUGGGAGGGCUGCUCUCCCACCUGAAGAAAACCCUGAAAGAUGAUUUGGCGAGUAAAGCCAACAUCAUCAUCGACCCCGCAGAGAUCCAGGCCACGUCCAUGGACGACCUGGACGAGGACGAUGAGAGUGGAGCCGCUCAGAGGCCGUCUGGCGCUGAGGCGAGGUACAGCUGGUUGAGUUCUCCCACUUUGGGUCGGGCCAACCGCUUUCUGAGCACAGCCGCCGUCAGCCUGAUGACCCCCAGACGAACCCUGAGUCAGCCGGAGAAGGUGAAGGUCCGAACACUCGCCGUAGAGCAGCGCACUGAGGAGGACAUCGAGGGAAGCCAUGGAAACGAUGGCCUGUUGCUGGGGCGACCGCUGGAGGAGCCCGAUCAACCAAUCGCAGACAAGUCUCUGUUGGAGAUCGUGGACGGGAUCGUGAUGAUGUACAACCUGAGCGUCCACCAGCAGCUCGGGAAGAUGGUGGUGGUUUCGGAUGAUGUCCAUGAAUACGCCGUGGCGCUGAAGGACACGGAGGAGAAGAUCACCCGCUGCCCCAGCAGAAGGGCCGACAUCCUGGAGGAGCUCCAGAAGAGCCAGAAGGUUUUUGCGGAGAAGCUGAACCAUCUUAGCAGGAGGCUGGCCUGGAUCAAUGCCACCAUCUACUCGAAGGAGAAGAUGCUCGACAUCUACUGGCUGCUGUGCGUCUGCAUUCGCACCAUCGAGCACGCCGACAACACCGGCUCUUUGUUCGCCUUCGCUCCGGAGUUCUACCUCAACGUCGCCAUGAACGCGUACAGCGCCCUCAAGAACUACUUCAGCCCGGCCAACAGCAUGGAGGAGCUGCCCGGCUACGAGGAAACUCUGUCUCAGCUCGCUGCCAUCCUCGCCAAGCACUUUGCUGAUCCUCGCAUCGUGGGGACAGAUAUCAAAGACUCUCUGAUGCAGGCGCUGGCCAGCUACGUCUGUUACCCACAAUCCCUCAGGGCUGUGGAGAGGAUCCCAGAGGAACAACGAGUCGCUAUGAUGAAGAACCUGCUGGCCCCGUACGAGCAGAGACCCUGGGCCCAGACCAACUGGAUCCUGGUCAGACUGUGGAGGGGUUGUGGCUUUGGCUACAGAUACACUCGCCUUCCUCAUCUCCUGAAAACCAAACCUGAGGAUGCCAACCUGCCCAGUCUGCAGAAGCCGUGCCCGUCGCUGCUGCUGCAGAGACACAUGGCGGAGCUGCUCAGUAUGGACAAAGACAUGGCCGCCUCGUUCCUCAACAGUGUCCUGAACCAGCUCAACUGGGCGUUCUCCGAGUUCAUCGGCAUGAUCCAGGAGAUCCAGCAGGCCGCCGAGCGUCCAGAGAGGAACUUUGUGGACACUCGUCAGCUGAAGGUGUGUGCGACCUGCUUCGACCUGUCCGUCAGCCUGCUGCGGGUGCUCGAGAUGACCGUCACUCUGGUGCCUGAGAUCUUCCUGGACUGGUCCCGCCCCUCCGCAGAGCUGCUACUCAGACGACUCGCUCAGCUGCUGAACCAGGUGCUGAACAGAGUGACGGCGGAGAAGAACCUGUUUGACCGAGUUGUCAACCUCAGACUGCCAGGGCUGGAGAGCGUGGACCACUACCCCAUCCUGGUGGCUGUUACAGGCAUCCUGGUCCGGAUCCUGGUGGACGGAGACAGGCAGGGGGUAUCUCGAGCUGCCUCCGUCCUGCUGUCUGACCCCUGCUUCCAGCUCCACUCCAUCCAGCACCUCCUGGGAGAAGGAGGAGACUCCUCGAGCUCCUCAGCAGCCGUGGCCUCCUCUGUUCGUCCUGCUGUGGGCUCUCUGGGAUCGUCUGUGGCCACCCCGCUCCCGUCAGCCGCUGGAACCUCAGGAUCCUCGGAGCGCAAACACUUCUCCCUGCACGCAUACACGGACUACAUCAGUGAGGAGGAAAAGCAGAAGGUGGAGAUGAUGUUGGCCUUUCUCACUGAGGAGUCCAAACAGGCUGCAGCCAGCACAGCUCCGACCAGUGAAGAAGACCUCUGCCCCAUCUGCUACGCUCACUCCAUCUCUGCCAUCUUCAAGCCCUGCUCACACAAGUCCUGCAAAGCCUGCAUCAACCAGCAUCUGAUGAACAACAAGGACUGUUUCUUCUGCAAAGCCACCAUCAUCGGAGUCGAAGACUACAGCAAGCCUGCCACCUCCUAACACACACACACACACACACACACACACACACACACACACACACAGGUAGCUGUAAAGAUCAUUGAAUACAAAAUAAAAAGGACACCUGUGAAGCUCUUCAAACAUCUGAGCACAUAUCAGUGAACCCAAAGAUUCCACCCGGACGAGCAUCUUUGUUUCUUAGAAAUAAAAGAUUUAUUCUCAGUGAAAUCCACAGAACUUCCUCCACACACACACACACACACACACACACACUCACACACAGAGUUUAUUUUGUGUAGAGCAGUUGGCAUGUGCCUGUUUUUAGCCAAGCACUCCGACACAGUGAAACACCUGAACCACGUGACAACACUUCCACCUGUUCACAGAUAAAUCCUCAGAUUCGUCACCAAGUUCAGGACGUCAUGUGACUGAUUGUGGCUCGACUGUUCGAUCAGAAAUAUUUAAAAUGCACGUUUGAGAGGCAGUCGGGUUACUGUCACUGGUGUGGAUUGAGCUGAGUGUGGGAGUCUUUCCCGCUUUUAUUCACGGGCACAUUAGUUUCUCGUUUUCCUGCUCUCCGUCUCGCUGGUGUGGAAGCUUGUUUCCACCACUGAAAAAAAUUUUUUUGCUAUCUAUAACUUGAAAUUUCGAGUUAGGUAUUUAAAAAUUCUGAGAAAAUAACAAAAUUUUGAGUUAUUAACUCAAAGUUUCUCAAGAAUUUGAGUUAACUCUGCCAGUCAGGAAGCUCUGUGGAAAAGGUCAUUUCCUUGUUACCUGGACGCAGAUGACGCCAACUCCUGUGCACCCAAAAUCGGGUGGUGACAGUAUCAGCGAGCUAGCAGCGUGUGGCAGAUGUGAACAAACUGUCGUCAGGUUUGGAGCUUUGAGUGCCCUCCAGCGAACAACAGCUGCAUUAAAGGAAUCAGUGUUCAGUCGAUCUGUUGGACCGCUGAUGCCUUCAGCUUCCUGCUUCCAGGUAACAAGGAAAUGGCGUACCGUCACGAAGCUUCCUGAUUGGCAGAGCUAACUUGAAAUUUUGACUUAUUUUCUUGAAAGUUUGAAUUAUUAACUUGAAAAUUGGAGUUACGGAUGGCUUCCUUACGCUGUCCUCACACACGGAGAGACGGGAGGAGAGAAGUAACUAAUGGAGGCGGUGACCCCUUCAAACACGCCCAAACCUAACGAGAAAGAAGCUGACAGGGAAAACAUCAUCGUUAGAGCUUUUCAGGCGUGUCGACUCUGUUUGACUGUAAAAGCUGUUAGCUUUAUAGCUGACGCACACCGCAGGAAACACAGAAUUGAAAACGAUAGGUUGGUGAUGUCCAGUCGAGCUUUUUGAGUCUCAGAUCAGAUCAGUGCAUCCCUACAGAUAUCCUGGCAUUAAUCUCCUGAAACUGUUCAAUGUUCAUGCGUGGAAACAGCGUCUUUGCUGCUGCUUUGAGCUAUGACCGAACGGGGCUUCGGUUAGAUGUAAUGAACCUGAUGGAAACCAGAGGUCUGCUUCAGAUCUGCUCCGAGUUUCCUCCA